AUGUUAGAUCUUAAUGAGACUCCUCCAGAAGAAAUGCAAGGAGGAGCUUCUGAAAGAUAUUCAAGAAGCAGAAAUCAACCAGACGCUGAAUAUAUCUGGACCAAUUUAUCAGAAGAGCAGAAGCUUGUUGCAUUAAACAGUUUCAAUGUUUAUUGCAAGCCUUUAGUAAUCUACAACGAAAUCCAGUCUCGCCCAAGAUUCCUUCAGAGAUGCUUGUACCACAACAGAAAGGCUAAGCACAAGAAGAGGUUCAUUAUACUCAUCUUCUACUAUGUCAUAUACAUCUCGGAAUCAAAGAAGAACCUUCAUAUGCAAAGAUCAAUUGUCGAAGCAAAGUAUGAUGUUCAUCCGAUAUUUGAAGGUCCAACUGGAAUUAAUUGGAAUGGAAUUAAUCAUGUCCGAGUAAAUUUUAUGCUUCCUCAUAUCGAAAAGUUAGCUGUGGAAACUAAUUAUGACAAAUAUUUUCUCUUCAUUCUUGCUUCUGCAUCUGGUGGAGAGAAAUGCGUUUAUGGAAAAGUAUCUCUGAAAUUUCUUUACAAGAUUUUGAAUAUAUCUCCAGAUUCUCCUUUGCAAUAUGGAACUGAGAUUCAAUUUAGCACUGAACUUCGUUCUUGUAAUUUGAAGUAUUGGUUGAAACAUUAUACUCGAACAACAAGCAGCACCAUCUCUAUUAGAGAUUCCAAUAAUUCAGAGAUAGAGGGUAUAUCAAAGAAACUUGAAAUCUCAGCUGGUUUUGAAGAAUUUGGAGCAGCUAUGGAAGCAGCUUCUGGUAGGACACAGGAGAGGAGAGAAGAGUCAUCUUUGUCUUCUUUCUUACCUCAUUUCACUUGGUAA